AUGUAUCGCAUCACAUAUUGGCUCCUCUAUUCUCACCAUUAUUACGCGCUCGCUGUGGGCUUUUUGCGUUUCCGUUAUAACUUCGCCACUGACCAAACGCUCACGACAACUUUCAUUACCUUCUAUAGUGCCGCUACCAACAUGUUGACCUUGCUCUGUCUGCCUUGGAUUUAUCAUUAUUCUUUACGCCUAUUGUUGCAGCACGAGCAUGCGGAAUUGUUACUUAUCUACCUUUUCAUAACCACGAAAAUAGUAAGAGUAUUAGCCGUAGUUCUAGCGAUUAUCUAUAAUUGGAAAAAGCGCGCUGAAAUUUUAGCUGUCAUACGCGAUUUCAACGACUUGCGAUGGCAUUACUUUUCACGUUUUCCAACACCGCUGGAAUUUCAGAGGACUUACCAAAUCAGAAUUAUACGAAAUAUACUGGCAGGUAUUGUUAUUGAGGCUUCAGGUUUGAUUACGCUAUUGAGCAACUACAAACAUACCGCCACAGCUUCGUUCAUUGUCAGCACCUUAGUGUUGACUGUCAUAUCAAAUUUUUUGUGUUUGGUUAUGAAUCAAUACUAUUUCGCCAUACAAACCGUUAUACUAUUUGGCCGUAUGCUGAAUCGGCAAUUGAUCGGUAUUUUAAAAACAGCAAACAGCAUCGCACGAAUGUUUCGCCAUCAACGCUCCCAAACACAUUUAAUAGCACGCUGUCGAAAAUUGUCCAUUGAUCUCGAUGAGUUGGCGAAGGCGCACAGCCAGCUACAGGCACUGGCAGUACGCAUUAAUGCCAUGUUCAAAUUACAAGGCUUGGGUGUAUUAAUCAAUAUGUUUAUUUUCAAUAUCUGCUUAAUAUAUUCCGCUUAUUCGGUGAUUAGAACGGGUGAAUUCACAGCUAGUCAGAAUGGCUGGAUUUCUGUGUUGAUGGUAGCCUCGUGCACUGUCUACUUGGCGGACUUGAAGGACUUUCUGAGCGCAAUCGUCGAGCAUGUCGAUGUAUUUCGCAUAACUUGCGUACAUUUGGAGCAGCUUACUCCCUUGCAACUGUUGACUAAUGAGUUCGAACGAAGUUUCGACAAAAUGUUUAUUCAAGUGUGGAAGCAAAACGCGAAAGGUAAUAAAUUGAAGCAACGUCCCAAAUUGAAACAACCGCAACAUUUCCAUCCGCAAAUUUUAAAUCCCAACUAUCGACAAGAUGUUAUGCAGAGACUGCGACUAGCCAUAGUGGACACGUUUUGGGAAUACACGCAAACCACCAAAGUUAGUGGGAUAUGGCUGCUGCGACGGAAUAGAACGCAUGGUAUUUCUAGGUGGAUUUGGUCAACUGUGCUCCUCAGCCUGCUGCUGCUGGGCGUUUACUUAUCCCUGCAAUUGUGGUUGAAGUUCUACUCAUACCCAAUUUUGAAUACAAUUUCAAGUGAUCUGGCUAUAACCGAUGUGGCAUUUCCGGGUAUUACUAUAUGCAGUCCCAAAGUGGUCAACCGUGAGCGAGUGCAGCGUUAUAUAAAAACAUUAAAUAUUCCCGAUAAUAUCGAUCUACAAAAGGUCGCUGUCGGUUUCGAGUAUAUAAAUGCCUUCACCGAUCAAAACUGGAAAACUCCGGGGAAAAAUAGCUUCAAAUAUGCCGACGAGGUGCUUCGUCUCAACAAUAAAACUAUUUACGAGGCGGCCAAAGCAGUCAGUGGUAACUGUAAUGACUUUGUUAAACGUUGUUAUUGGGGCAUCACUGAGUUUCCAUGUCGUCAGCGCCACGAAUAUCUUUCAUUUAUAUCAACAACAUCUUUUCUAGGGCCAUGUUGCUCGUUCAAUUAUAAUCCGAAAAACCUCUCAUAUGUUCCAUUUUCGGCAAACAUUUUCGGGAUAGAUGGAGGCUUAACUAUUGUGGGCGCAGAGGGAUCCGAACGCAAUCUCUCAACUGGUUUAAUCGUGCUGGUACACCACCCUAUGGACUAUGUUACAGAAGUCACAUCCUCAGUAACCAUUACAUCGAACUCGGAAAGUUUUGUGGAAAUUUCACCAACUGUACAAAGCUCCUCACCUGAGGUAUUGGAAUUAUCGCAAGGAAAACGUGAUUGCUUAAUUUCAGACGAUCUCGAGCUACAUAAUUAUCGUCAGGCGGCAUGCUUGCUCGCUUGCCGAACAGAAGCUUUAAUGAAGUUGUGCAACUGUGUACCCUAUCACAUGCCCAAUUCACUGGUCGAUUUUCGCGAAUGCAAAUUAAACGACAGCGCUUGUUAUUCGCAAAAUUAUGAUUCAUUUAAAAGCGUGAAAUGCGAAAGUUGCCUACCAAACUGCUAUGACGUCACAUAUUCAAGUUCAGCCUACAAAGCUGAUUUAAAACUGCACAACUGCUCGGUGAGCACACAUUACUCGACCAUUGACGCAUACGACACAUUCAUCGUUCGCGCCUACCUGACCAAACAGACCGUCCCAGCCAUACGCAAAGUGGUCGUCAUGUCGUGGAUCGGUUUAUUAUCGGAUUUAGGCGGGGUAUUCAAUUUGUGCCUGGGGAUUAGUAUGGUAUCCCUAAUAGAAUUUACUUACUAUUGUACACAUCGUUUAUACGUGAAUUACAAAGCCCAUUGCAUACUCCUUCAAUCACUUAAUCAUUCGCAGAGCAAAAAAUAA